UAUUGUAAGAAUGUUAUACAUUUAGUACCAGUCUACUUGAGUUGAGGAGACUGCCUCGGUAAGCGUCUUGUUCAAAACCGUUUUCGAAUUAGUUUUAGAUAUUCAACAAACCAACCUUUGGGUGUUGCAGUAGUUUCGAACUCAUUUUAAGAAUGGACGUCUGUGAUAAUGCAGCACUGCAGCAGGUGAAUCAGUUUUGGUCGAUGUUAGACGAUAUGUCUCAGAAUAGUCCGGAGGAAUACAGGACCUUCAUUGAGCGCCAGUUGCGAGAGGGAGCGGAGCUGUAUUCACCGCCGCAGCCGCACGCCUGCAUCCGCACAAAUACACUGGGACCAAAGGAAGGAAUAUUGUAUAUAAACAUGUGCAGUUGGAAAAGAGUGCCUGCCAUGACUUCUCACAGUGAUCCCGUCCCUGUAUGUGUAGGAAGAUUGGAGUCAGUGACUGAUGAUAAAGAGCAGUACACUGUAGUGGACGUGGCUUUCAGCCCAGAGAUUCUGCAGACAACAGAAAAAGACAAACAGGAGAGAGAGAAGAUCCAUCAACUUGCACUGAAAUUCAUACAACAACAGCACAGCCUGAAUCUGUCCCAGCAUUAUAAACUGAAUCAAGACAAAAUCAAGGGCAGCAUCCAGGAUAUGAAGAACCGUUUGAUGUCACCACGGCAGUCCAAAUCUGUUGCCAAUAAGCCACAAUCUGAACCAGCCCCAUCACUCCUUCAGCAGAUCUCCUCACUACGACUGGCUGAGAGCAUAGAGGACUCUUCAAUCCAACUGAGCUUGGAGCAAGAGAAGAAACCAGCAAGAUCUGGUCUGAUUGAGGUGAUCUCCAGCACAGAGUCAGACCAAACUCAGCCACAACAGCCCCAGCAUCAGCUCACAAUCUGCCCUGACAGCACCGGCUCCGCAAAGUAUUUGGAGCUGAAUGUGGAGCUUCCUGGUGUGCAGUCUGUCUCACAGUGCCAACUUAGCAUCUCUCAGGAUGACAUUCUCCUGGAAGUGGAGGCCAUUUAUUAUCUUCACCUUUGGUUUCCUGCGGCAGUCAAGGAAGAGACAUGCACUGCAAUGUUCCAUAAGAAGAAACAGAUUCUAACUGUUACAGUAACUGUGUUGUAAGACAUGUCACUCUAAUUCAUCCAGAAACAAGUGGCAGGGGUAUAUACCAUCUGCCAGAACAUCUUU